CGACGCAGAGAGGAGGACAACGACGACGUGGUACUGAUUCUUGAUGGCGAGACGACGCGCUUGAGAGAGCUCUACGGGGAGUACUACAUCAGCGAGAUGAUUCGUUAUCCAGACGGUUGUCGCCAGCUUAUCAUCGGCGAAGACGUCGACGACUCGGCAGCGGGCGUGAUGUGCCUCAACUCUACAAUCGACAUCGAUUUAUUGAACGAGAACUUCGAGUUAACGGGGUACCAUGGCCUACGGAAGCCUCAUGAGAACGACGAGGAGCUGACCGACGUCGUUGAGUCAACUAGUGAGCUCCUACAAACUGUGUUUUUGCAAAUGUCGCAUAAGUACACGGUUAGACAACCGACUCAAAGCUUAAAGAAUGAUUUCCUGCAUGAGCGACGAGCGACAGAAACAACCGAGGACACACGGAGCUUUGAAAAGAAGGAAUUGAACGAUAAUGGCAAAGAUCUUCCCGCGAACGGGCGGCUAGGAACAAACGCAUUGACGAAACGCGAAGUAUCUUUUCAACAAGAUAUUGAGGUCAACAACGGCGAUUUAGCGUGCUAUGAUCGCGUUUGCACAAGUGGAAUUUUCAACACUGCAGCAACAAGGCAGACGUUACGUGACGUUCAAACGAUCACUCCUGACUCCAAGGAGUCGACCGACGCGGGAACUGCGGGCCGAUCUUCCGAAUCGGGAGAGCUCCGUAAAUUGCACUCUGACCAAAUUACGAAAGCAAGUGUAUCAUCGCCGGACAAUUGUCGGCUCGUGUCUGUGGGUGAUUUAUCGUCGAAUGACGUGGACGUGCAAUUCCAGUCGAAGAUGCAAGCGAGUGUCCUCGCCGAGACGAUGCUCGAGUUAUCCCGCAAGAGGAACGCCCUACAUGCGGUGGGAGACAACGAGACGGUACAGUCGCGACUCAUCCACGACCUCCUUCCGCGUCCGACAUAUCACGGUGAGAAAAAUGCCUUCGUCCUAGAGAUCUUCGCGAUGCGCAGAGGAAUGAAGCCGCAUUGGUCCCUCGAUUUCCUGGAGGCCGCUUUCGACUGCUUCCCGGACUUAGAUUAUUGCGUGAUCCUCCUUCCCUUCUCGCGUCCACUUUACCAGUUUCUUCAACAUUUUGUGAAACUUUUCUCGCGCGCGCAGAGCGUGCCAUUCAGGUGCAACAGGGAUUUCCCAAUGAUGCUGUACGUUUUGCACCGAGCGGUUCUUUUCGGGGAGAUUAAGAGUCGCCGCGCUCAAGUGCGAGAUCGAAAUACCAUACAAGGAUUUUUGGCCGCUAUACCGACGAAGCAUCAGACUCUGGCUGAUUUCGACCUCGCGAUGGAUCCUUUGCAACUCGAUCUGGAUUGUUUCGUCUUCGAAUGCAACGAUACGAUGCUCGGGCUCGCUAUACUACGUGCUGAAAAACAAGUCGACUUCGUUAGAAGCCGUUACCAUGUGGAAGAUCACGUGUCUGUGCAAAGCAUUCAUCGAGAUGAUUACGGACGCCUCUUGCAUUUCGUUUUUACGCCGAUUUUCCUCGCUUAUCAUCGCUUCUUCUUCCGCGAGAUUGCACGUCUGAGUGGAUUAACGGUAAUCUUCUAUCGACUUCAUCACGAAGAUGAGAGCGCCCUGACACGGAAGCGUCCCUUGGCGUCUUGUCUGGACGACAUGAUUCCCGUGAAUCCUCGUAGACAAGCUGGAUACAGAUUUCCAGAUAUCUCAGGGAUAACCAAUCUGACAGAGAAUGACACAACGGACAACGAUUUGUUUUCGCUAUUCAUGACAUCGCCGCGACUGUCGAUGAUACCUCCCGUGACCAUCCAUCUGAGAAUCAUCGUCGUUGGGGCGUCGGAUUGCGGUAUCGCUUUCACGGAGUAUCUCGUUUUACGAUCAUCGUAUCAUUACACGAACCUCACGUUGAUAUCGCCGCAUGGUCUGCCAUUUGAUAACAAACGAAGUUGCACGGAAAUCUCAUUGCUUCCAUUCUGCGGCACGUUCUGCUCGGAAUAUCGCCGUUGCGUAGCCUUGAGAACUUGGAUUAAUGUUGUUUACGGGACUAUGACAGCGAUCAACAGGAAGGAGAAAUACGUGACCGUGAUGAAUCAAGGGAAUCUCGCGUACGAUUAUUUAGUAUUAACUUGUGGCCUGCAGUAUCAACGACCAACGUUGCGAGAAGAAAUGAAAACGCGGAAGCGAGGGGAAGAAGCAAUUGUGGAAAGUCAGAUGAAAUUGCCAUGGAAUUGCCUAACCAUAAACGACGAUACGGAAGCGUCUAUUUGCUUAAAAAAGAUUCAGUGGUUAACGGAGGAUCUUAAAGAGAGAAGAGCGAUAUUGUUUUACGGUCGCAAUGCUGACUGCUACUGUGCGCUUCAUGGUUUGAUCAUGUUCGGCGUGAAUCCUUCGUGGGUCACGUUGAUCAAGCCGAGCCUGAAUUCCAAUGACACGUGUGACGACGCUUUCUGCUGUGACCGAGAGGUAUACGACCUAAACAGCAUAAAUAUCUAGAAGAUAUCUUUAAGACAUCUUAAAACGACGUCUAUAAGACGUCUUUUAGACAUUUAACGUGUACAAAACGUUCUACUUGCUUUAGACGUUUUUUAGCUCUAAAAGCUAUUUUAAACAUUUGUGUUGUGUAGAUAUAUAUACAGUACACAGUAUCUUUGUGCACAUCGAAGAGAAUUAUAUUCUCUGAACUUUUUAAAGUAAAAUCCCGCUGGAAACGAGUAAGAAUUUUGUCAAAUCUAUAAUGACUAUCAUUUAACAUCAUAAAAAAGUAAAUAAUAUAACUAAAAAACUCUUCUUGAGUAUAUCAAACAAUAAAUUAAGGACCAUUAGAGUUAACGCACAGGUUGUAUAGUGCUAUCAUAAACUAUUA